GUCUCAGCUCUCCCCAGGCAGCUGCAGGACUCACGCUGAGCACACCAGCACCAUGGCAUCAGCGUGGUCCUGCUGGCUCCCCCUGCUGCUCCUGCCUGCCCUGACCCACGCUGGAGGGCCCGGUCCUGUCCUCGUCAACCGGCCCUUUGUCACCAUCUGGAACAUCCCCACUGAGCGCUGCGCCGAGAUGCACAAUGUCACCCUCAGCCUGGAGGUUUUUGAUGUGUUGGCCAAUGACCAGCAGUCCUUCACCGGGCAGGACAUCACCCUCUUCUACAGCGACAAGAUGGGUCUCUUCCCCUACUACACAUCUGAGGGGGUGCCAGUGAAUGGGGGACUCCCCCAAAAUGCCAGCCUGGAGGCUCACAUCCACCAGGCCACCCAGGACAUCAAGGUGACCCUGCCCAGCCCCGACUACAGCGGGCUGGCUGUCAUCGACUGGGAGAAGUGGCGCCCACUGUGGAUCCGCAACUGGGACUCCAUGGAGAUCUACCAGCAGAAGUCGGAGGAGCUGGUGCAGCAGCAGCACCCGCAGUGGCCUCCCAAGGAGGUGGAGGAGAUGGCCAAGCAGCAGUUUGAGAAGAGCGCCUGCGAUUUCAUGAACAAGACCCUGUGGCUGGGCGAGAGCCUCCGUCCCAGCGCCUACUGGGGCUUCUACGGUUUCCCCGACUGCUACAACAAUCACUUUGACAGCCUGCACUACAACGGGACGUGCCCAGAUGUGGAGCAGCAGAGGAACAAGAAUCUGUCCUGGCUCUGGAGGAGCAGCAGGGCACUCUACCCCAGCAUCUACCUGCCCCUCUGCCUCAAUGGCACCAACAAGGUCCUUGCCUAUGUCCGGCACCGCGUGGCCGAGGCUUUCGCUGUCCAGCAGGGGAUCCUUGACAGUGCCAUCCCCGUCCUGCCCUACUCCCAGAUCGCCUUCGAGCGCACUCUGGACUUCCUUUCCCAGGAGGACCUGAUGAACACCAUCGGGGAGAGCGCGGCUCAGGGUGCUGCUGGCAUCAUCCUCUGGGGCAGCAUGGACUACAGCGCCUCCAAGGAGAUGUGUCUGAGGCUGAAGGAUUACGUGGAGGGGCCCCUGGGCCACUACAUCGUCAACGUGACGGCCAGUGCUGACCUGUGCAGCCAGAGCCUGUGCUCCGGCCGGGGCCGCUGCGUGCGCCUGGACAAGCAGCAGGGCUACCUGCACCUGGACCCCUCCCGCUUCACCAUCGACCUGCGUGCUGGCAAGCCCUGGCUGGAGGCUCAGAGCCUGGAGCCUGGGGAGGACAUCUCCAAACUGGCCAAGGAGUUCAGCUGCCAGUGCUAUGACAAGUGGCAGGGACCCCGCUGUGACACCCAGGGCUUUGCCAAGUGACCCCCCACCCUGGGGACACUGGGGCGGGCAGGGUGACACUACCUCAGCACCCUUGCCAUGGGGUUGAGAACCUGACUGUGGGCCUCUUAAUAAAAACCAGAAAGCAC